AUAUCAAUUGUUUAGUUAAUAUGUGGUAACUAGUAAUGAUGGUGAGCAUGGUCACCUCUCGUGGUGGUUUGUUGUUGUUUUCCAUCAUCAUAUUAUUAUUAGUCCUUACAGACCAAGCAUUAGGAGGAACAGCCGCAAGGAGGUGUUCUCAAGACGAACCACCGAUUAGAUUCCCUUUCCGAUUCGUAGACGAAGAAACAGACAGUCAUGCCUAUCCAGUCGGUUUCGAUAUAUCAUGCUCAUAUGCCACUUUUCUGAAUCUUCCAAGUCUUGAUGCCCAAUUAGAAGUAACAAACAUAGACUAUGUUUCACAGGAAAUCCAAAUAGAAUAUGAUCCAUUAAAUCAUUGCCUUUUGACACUACUGCUGCUUUCGGAAAAUAAGAUUAGUAGUAGUCGACCAUUUAAAUUUCCAUUCCAAUUCAAAUAUGAUCGUCGAAAGAAUUACACAAGCUACGCUGUCUUCAAUUGCUCUUCAAUUUUAAAUUCGCUUUGCACCCUUGGAUUGUUACCUUCUAAUGAUGAGAUUUUUGGGGAUCAGACCAUGGGCUGUACCAAGAUGUACGACACUCAAUCUAUUCCAGACAACAUAUGGACGUCAUAUAGUUAUUCAACUGUUUCUACAUUGACAUGGGCCAAACCGGAUUGUAGAUCUUGUGAAGCCAAUCGCAUGGGAUGCAGAUUUAAACUACAUAGCCAUGACCAAGUUGAGUGUUUCCACAUACCUAUACACAAAAAAGGUGCAGAAAUUGUUUUGCAAGUGAUCAGAAGUACUAUAUUUGUGGUGUUAGCCUCAUCAGUCUUAAGUUUAAUGGCGGCAGCUGCAUCAUUUUAUCUUUACACAAUAUACGAAAAAGAUAAAGAAUAUCGGAUCAGAAUUGGAAAGUUUUUAGAGGAUUAUAUUGCUCAAAAACCAUCAAGAUAUACUUAUUCUGACAUUAAGAAGAUUACAAAUCGUUUCAAGGAAAAGUUGGGCGAAGGAGCCUAUGGAACAGUGUUCAAAGGAAAGCUUUCCAAUGAGAUUUUGGUAGCUGUGAAGAUCCUAAACAAUUCAUCAAAGGCAAAUAAUGGAGAAGAGUUCUUGAAUGAAGUGGCUACAAUUGGUCAAAUUCACCAUGUGAACGUGGUUCGCUUGGUUGGAUAUUGUGCCGAAGGAUUUAGAAGAGCUCUCAUCUAUGAAUUCUUACCAAAUGGUUCGCUUCAUAACUAUAUAUCCUUAGAAGCCAGUCGAAGUGGAGACCGUUCACCACUUGGUUGGGAAAAAUUACAAGAAAUUGUCAUAAGCGUUGCCAAGGGAAUUGAGUAUCUCCAUCAAGGUUGCGAUCAACGAAUCCUUCAUUUUGAUAUCAAACCACACAAUGUAUUGUUGGACCACAACUUCAAACCAAAAAUUUCUGAUUUUGGGUUAGCUAAGUUGUGUUCUAAGGAUCAAAGUUUGGUAUCAAUGACUACAGUUAGAGGAACUGCAGGGUAUAUGGCACCAGAAGUAUUCUCUAAAAACUUUGGAAAUGUGUCCUAUAAGGCAGAUGUUUACAGUUUCGGAAUGUUGUUGUUGGAAAUUGUAGGAAGGCGGAAGAAUACAACUGAAACAGAUGAAAUUUAUUAUCCAGAGUGGAUAUAUAAUCUCUUAGAAGGAGGAGAAGAUCUUCGAAUACAAAUUGAAAAUGAGGAAGACAACAAAAUUGCUAAGAAACUUGCAAUUGUGGGACUGUGGUGCAUCCAGUGGCACUCAAUGGGACGUCCAACGAUGAAAGUUGUUGUCCAAAUGUUAGAAGGUGAAGAAGCUCUCCACAUGCCGCCAAAUCCAUUUGUGUCAACAGGCCAAUCAAAUACACAUACAACGAUACCAUCAAGAAUAAUGACGCCUGAGUUAGAAACAAUUGUUGAAUGAAUGCAAUGGCUCUGUGUUAUGUAGUUUAUUUUUCACUUUAUGUUUUCCCUUUAGAGUAUGAUUUUUGUUCAUGUCGUAUAAAAGUAAUGUAAGGAACAACAAUAAAGUAGUAUGUUUAACAUCU